AUAGAUUACGUAGUCUCUGACUGUAUGGAGUAUAGGGGGUGGUGGGAGUGGUCUAAAGUGACAUACUGAGAGCCUUUGCAGACCCGGCUUAAAUUUAUCACUGCAGCUGAGGGGCAUUUUAAACCUGCAUUUAUUCAGCACCUGUGUGUUUGUUGAGGCCCGUUUUCAUCCCUCCAAACCUACAAGAACUGCAAACGCCCUCCAGGCUCCUUUCAAGCAAUAAACAAUGAAGAUUGAGAACAGCCUGACUUGCCUCCCUGAGGUGCCUCCUCAUACUGAACUACAGUUCACUGUGGCUACCGAGGAAGACUUUGAUGACAUCAUGGCCAUCAGCCAGGAUAUCUAUGGUGGUCUAGACUACCUUCCUACCCGUUAUCAGGCCUGGUUGCAGGAGACAAACCGUACUGUCAUCCUUGCUCGCAAGCAAGGCAAAGUGAUUGCACUUGAGUCAGUAUGUGUUAUUGACGAUGGAGAAACUAUGUUGGUGGAGGGGCUCCGUGUGGCCCCUCAGGAGAGGGGCAAGGGAGUUGCACGGGUGCUGCUCCGCUUCUGUUCUCAGCUUGUUAAGUUGAAGUAUCCUGAAGUUAAAGUGAGCAGACUGACCAGAGAUGAUAAGCUGGGGCCCAAGGACUUUCAGAAAUACAGGCUCAUCACUAAACAGGGAAUCCUGCUGGUACGCUUCCGUGCUGAAGACCUAAAGUUACGGCUCACUGAUCUUGGGCUUAAUGUGAGUAUUGAAGGAGAUGGCCUGGCUCCUUCCAGCACCCCAGUGAGGUUAGAGGCCGCAGAUGUCCACCAGCUUUUUUUGAGCAGUGACGCAAUGCAAGAUGUACUACCCAAUGGCACCAUUGUGCAAGACUGGCAGCCCUUCAAACCCAUGCCCAGCAACAUGGAAAUCCUGUUGAAGAAAGACAUUGAUUGGAUGGUGGAUGAUACCUGUUGCCCAACUAUGGCCAGCCUGUGCACUUUCCCCUUUCAUGUACCUAUUGGCGACGACUGGUACUACCUCAACAUUGACAUGUUUGGCAAAGAUCUGGCUCUGGCUGUGCAGCAGCUCCUAUGUCACCUGAGGUGCCACACUAGCACACUGAAGGGCUAUGUGAUGUGCCAGGUUUUCCUGGACCCACCACUGUGGAAGCCCAUGGCUGAUUUCUUCAGGGAGACCUUGAAAGUGGAGCUGGUGAAGGAAUACACAGAGCAGUGUGUAGUGGAAUCCGACUUGGUGUAGCAAGAGGAGGGCUGUCAGCUAAAAGUUAGGCGCUUGAGACUCCCCUCACCCCACACCUGGAGGCCAAACAUUAGAAACUGGAAGAGCUUUGAUAUCACUCAAAUGGUUUCCUUUCAUAUUUUGCCCCAGAACAAAACCUUUAUCCUACAUAUACAGACAAACAUACUAUUAAAUUAAAAUCCCCUUCUAGAAAUGAAAUUAGUUUAAUUUAGUUUGAGUUAGUUUAAUAAUGCCUCAUCACUGCAAAAAAAAAACAAAACAAUGAAAGCAGCAAUUAGUUAAGAUAGAAUAAAUAUGCAAAAAGGAAAUAUGUUAGAAUGCUGACCAUAUUCUACAAUGCAGUGCAGUGUGUGUGUAUGUGUGUGUGAACUAGCACAUGCUGAGUUGCAAAUAAGACUGCACAAUCUUUAGGCACUU